UGGAGCAAAGUGGAGAGAAGGAGAAAAGGAAGGGGAGGAGAAAGGAUGAGGAGAACAGAUUGAGCCAGGCGGUGCAGGGAUCUUCUAGCAGCUCCUGAGAAAAGGAGCUGCAUGGGAGGAGUUGGGAUUGACAACACAGAUGGAGCGUGACAUCGGAAUACAAAGGGCUGGAAUCACUGGCUCCUAUUAUCGGGAGGAAGAAGUCGUUUGAUGAGGAGCUCUCUGACAGCGUGGGGAUGUACGCCUUCUAUUCGCUUUUAGUCUACAUCUUCUACACUGUCUUCAGGAGGGAGGAGGAGGAAGAGGAGGAAGGCUUGGAUGGAGCCUGUGGAGCUUCCCUAGAUGAGUCAGAACCUGUUUCCAUGGAAACAAGGAGCAGGAGACGAGAUGGCCACUCCUCCGGAACAAAAAAAUCUUGUGCUCGAUUUAGUGAAUCAAGCAGCAGCAGUGACAGUGACGAACUGAGUGAUGAAGAUGAGGAUAUUGCCCCAGACAUCCCAGCCUGCACUCCUCUGGCAGCUUUUUUGUCUUUCAAACAGGAGACUGAGAAGAGGAGAGCCUCUCAGGUUCAGCUGGAGGCAACAGGAAAGCUGGCUGAGUCUCCCCUGGUGGCAGUGAUGUCCCACUUGCUAAGCUUUCUGGAGCAGUACUCCCACUUCCAGCAGCUGCAGCAGCAGGCCGACCAGUACCGGGUCCAACUGAAGAGGCACCGCGUCCACCAUCGCCGUCAGAUGAAGACUCUGCGGGCCUCCUACCGCCAGCGUAUCAGAGACAAGAACAGCAUCAUAAGCAGCCUGGAGGAGGCCGUCAGUCAGCAGCAGAGUCCCAGCCCCCUGAGCGAGGGUGAGUGUAGCAGUGAUGUGGGGAAUCCAGCUGGUCUCCACCGGCUGGUGGAGUCGCUGUAUGGACUGCAGGGGGAGAGGAGCAAACUGAGAGGAGAGCUGCGUCUGCUGCACUCACAGCUGGAGCAAAAAGAAAGAGACAGGCAUACCCGCAUACAGGCCUUUCAGCAGCAGAUUGAUGAGCUGAAGAGCUGCAUAGAGGAGCGUGAGGAGGAGCUUUCGAGACUGAAAACAGCCACUGGAGCCACGGACUCAGAGAAGCGAGUUCUCUGUCUGUCGGCUGAGAACGAGAGCCUGAAGCAGAGCCUGAGCGUCACACAAGGCCUCCUGCAGCAGCUGUCGGCCAUCCCGUCUCAAUCCAACACCAUGCUCAUCAAGGAGAACGAGAACCUUCGUGGGCGAGUUCAGCAGCUGGAGACGUCCCUGCAGCAGCGGGCCGAGCAGCUCUCACAGCUGGAGAGGAAGGGCGAACACAGGGAGUGGAGAAGAGGAGAGGAGCUGAGAAAACGGGAAGACAGAGUGAGGGAGCUGGAGCUGGAGCUGAAGAAAGAAAGAGGAAAGGAGCCAGUUGUGAAGUAUGUCACGCAGACAGUGGAGGUGGAAUCGCCGGCCACAGUGAAGCAGCUGACCAAAGCCAGACAGAGGAAUGAGGUGCUGUCUGAAAGGCUGUCCAGUCAGAAUGAGAGGUGCAGACAGCUGGAGGAACAGAUCAGGAAGUCGGAUGAAUAUAGCUGCAACCUGCAGCACAAGAUUGCAGCGUACGAACGAGAAAUUAGUCACCUGCGAGAGGAACUGCUGAAGGAGAUCGGCCACUUGGAGGAGAGGAAGGAGGAGGCGGUGAAGGCUGCUGCCAGCUGCUCCGCUCAACACUUUCAGAACCUGCAGGACCAAUUCUUCACUUUGCAGAAGCGUCUAACAGCUCUCCCUCCAACAUUGCGCUCCAUGAAGACAGACUAUGCCAGCCUGAGGAGUCAGGUUCGGAACUUCUCAGAGUUUUACGGUGCAGCUAUCAAUGAAGCCAAAAAGCAGAUCUCAGCAGCUAUCAGUGAGAUGUCUGAAGCCAACAAGGACCUUCUGGAGAAAUACAGGAAGGAAGUGGCCCUGCGCAGGAAGCUCCAUGAGCAGCUGGUGGAGCUGAAAGGCAACAUCCGUGUGCUGUGCCGGGUCAAGCCUGUGCUGAAGGAGGACCAGCAUGAGGAAGGACAGUCUGUUGUCGUGACGACGGACCCCAACAAUGAGUCCUCCCUCACCGUGUUGAACAAGGGAAAAGGUCGCAGCUUUGAGUUGGACAAGGUCUUCCAGCCACAUGCCACACAGGAAGAGGUCUUUCAGGAGAUUGAACCUCUUGUGACGUCCUGCAUUGAUGGCUACCAUGUCUGUAUAUUUGCAUAUGGGCAGACAGGCUCUGGAAAAACCUACACCAUGGAGGGCAGUGUGGAAAACCCAGGAAUCAACCAGCGAGCUCUGAAACAUCUCUUCAGUGAGAUCGAAGAGAGAAAGGACAUGUGGUCCUACACAGUCACAGUCAGCUCUGUGGAGAUUUACAAUGAGGUGCUGAGAGACCUGCUGAGCAAGGAUGGAGAGAAGUUGGACAUAAAGAUCAACCCAGAUGGAACGGGACAGCUGCACGUUCCAGGCCUUAGAGUUAUAGAAGUUAGGAACUUUCAGCACAUUAAGAAGAUUUUAGCCACAGCUCGUAGGAACAGGAUCACUUUUGGCACUCAGAUGAACCAGCACAGCUCACGCUCCCACGCUCUGCUGUGCAUCACCGUCCAGGGUACUGACCUUGCCUCUGGCUCCAAAACCACCGGUAAGAUGAACCUGGUGGACCUGGCCGGCUCCGAGCGGGUCUGGAAGUCUGGAGCCGAAGGGGAGCGGCUGAAGGAGGCCCAGAACAUCAACCGCUCCCUGCUGGCGCUCGGGGACGUCAUUCAGGCUCUUCGGGGCCGGCACACCCACAUCCCCUUCAGGAACUCUCGCCUUACCUACUUAUUACAGGACUCCCUCGGCAAAGGCAGCAAGACCGUCAUGGUGGUGCAGGUGUCUGCGCUGGAGAGCAACGUGGGCGAGACGUUAUGCUCUCUGAAGUUUGCUCAGAAGGUUUGUAAAGUGGAGCUGGGUCCUGCAGCCAGGAAGAUCGAAUCUGGCGGAGGCCAGUGUGACUGACGGCCUUGAAUCCACCACAGAGUCCUACAGUAUUAAAGCACCUGGACAAAGUAUUCACACUCCUUGAAUUUUUCCUCAUUAUGUAAUCUUAUAGCAUUUACUGUAUUUUAUUGGGGUUGUAUUUGAUAAGGUCAACACAGGGUUGUGCAUAAUUGUGGAGUGCAUCUGUAAAAGAUGCCCAUUUCACAACUGUGCUGCAUGCGUGUAUACUUUAGCCUCCUACAGAAAAUACUUCACAGAGCUAGUUUUGCUUUAAGUACACCAGCGAGGUGUACUUUGCCACAGAUUUUUCGAUGGAUUCUCAUCUUGGGCCUGGACAUUGACUAGGCCAUUUUAGCAGAAUUAUGGCUUAAUCUAUACAUAGCAUUGUCUUUAGGCCCCUGCUGUGUACUCUCGUUAGAGUACGAGGGUAAAGUAGUUGAAGACAAAUGCAUGACGUAUUGAAAACAUACUGAAACCUUAAUUUUCUCUUUCUUCAAAAUGAUGCACUACCUUGUGUUUGUCUAUCACAUAAAACCCCAAUAAACGAUGAACAUUUUUGCAGUUACCAAUGUGAAAAACUUAUGAGUAUGAAUACUUUUGCAGGCACUCUUACCUUUAUCCCACCAGCUACUUUCAACACUAAAGUAUCAACAGGAUCAGCCGCAAACCUGAUUAAGGGCUAAAUCUGUGGAGGUCUGCAGUUUGAGGUCUGGUUCUGUUCCUCUCCGCCAUAUUCAGUAAAAAACCCUUUAUCAUUAGUUGACCUGCAUGCAGUCAGGAAUAUUUAUUCUGCCUCUCUCUCUCGGCUGAAAAACCCGAUGCUUCCUUGAAGUGCUGUUUAUUUUUGUUGUCUAGGAGAAUCUGGAAUUAAUCACAACCUCGGUGAUCAUCACACUGUUUAGAGCUGUCUCAUGGUACACCCUGAUUCAGAGUCACAAUAUCAGCACUUUGUGCACCCUUUGCCACCCAUCUUGAUGUAGACGUCUGUAGGCUGUGUCAUUGCUGAUGCAACACAUUUUGAAGCUGUAGUGUGUAGAAACAGCUAAAUUAUGAGCUGCAGGUACAUUUAAGACCCAUAUUUAUGUCGUUCCUGUGAAAAACUCAAAAAGCAGUGACUGAACGCUUCGAUACGCCUUGGUCUUUUGCCUUUACAGAUGCGAACAGAGGUCGUUUUGAGGGAAGCUGGUGGCCUUGUCUGAAAUGAACUGUGCAAUAACUCCUGAUGCGGGUGGAGUGGGCCUAGAGAUAGAGGAUGCACUUUACUGUGAGAGAGCAGCGUUUUAGUUCAGCUUGCAAGAGAGGUCACUGGUGAAUGUUUCACACAUUACUAAAAGCUUAUUUAUUGCUCAUAUGUGUUCAUCAGUUUUUAUCCACUGAAUCAAAAGGUGCUUUUGAUUCUAAUGUAGCAAAACAUCAUGUAGCAGUUCCUAUCAGGAGGUAUUUCAGUGGUAGAGAGUGAAUCUUCAGGUAAUUUUCUGAAUAAAUGUGUACAGUAAUUAAAAUGUGUCUCAGUGUGUUCAGAAAUUUGUUGAUUAGUAAAAACAUAGCAAAGCUCAAAAAAUAUUUACACCAUUCCAUUUUUUCCAUUAUAGCUGCGUCUAAGCUUUUUGUAUCAAUAAUCUUAUUUUUUUGUAUAUUUACUCGUAAACAAGGGAAUGUUAUAAUUGUUGUUUUUUUCCUCAAUUUAAUUUUUUUUUUUAAUGUAUAAACAUUAUUUAAAUGUUAGACAUUUUUCGUUGGGUAUUAAACACCAGAAACUGGAAAAACUCAAAAGAUGAAUGGCUGGAUAAACAGACGAAUGAUCAAGUUCAGCUAUUUACUGGCUGGAUGGACACAGGUGGACGGGUGAAGAUGGACAGAUCAGCAGAAGAAUGAAUGGAAAACAAAGAUGAGAGGAAGAAUGGAUGGCAGAAGAUGAAUGAAUAAAUAAAUGAAAAGGCAGAUUAAUGAAAUAAUAGAUUAAUGAAAGCAUGGACAGAUGGAUGGAUUCUUGGAUAAUUAAACUUUUCUAUGUAAAUAUUUAAUUAAACAG